AUCCACUACGACCCCGGUCAGUCGUCAAGACGCAGCCGCGGCGUGAGGUGCGUCGCUCCCGUGUAGCAAUUUGGAUUUGGAUCUGGCAGCUCUGCACGCACGUCAGUCACGCACCAGCCCCGGCUGACAACGUGUCACCAUGCUUGACUGACAGACAGGAUGACAGCACAGGAGCCUCAGUGUUGCAGGUGCCGUCAGCCCUGGGGUCGUGCUGGCCCCUCUCCACGCUACUGCUUGAUGGUCUUGUCUUCAUUCUACAGUAAACUACACUAACUUGUAGGGAUCAGAAAAAGAGAGAAGUGAAGUGAUAUACAAGAUAAAGUACCACUGACCAUUAUGUGGUACAAAGGAUCGGCUCCCAUAGAAGCUGCAAGAAUUCACGUGUCGUCAAUUGUGUAUAAACUCUGGAGUGAUAAACUAAAAUUAUCGUUUUGCUUAACAGAUACAAUGAAGCAAUUUCAGAGGAUUAUGGCUCUGUUAUUUGUGGCUGCAGUGAUAUAUUUGAUGUAUCAACUGAACUUGAAAAGAUACUUGUGGCGCAAACAGUGGAAAAAUCCUCACCCAUUGAUUGAAGAAUAUUCUGUUUGGCCGUUGUUCAGCAGUAAAAUCAAACGCUCGCAGCAAUGGUAUACAGUUGAAUGCUUUGGUGGGAACUUCUCGGACGAUCUCGAGGAAAUAUUUGGUAGCCUUAUCUCAGCAUGGUCCGAGUCUGAAAAUGCCGAAUGUGCAGAUAUCUACCAGAAGUUUCUUACAUUGUACGAGGUCCAUGAUCGCUAUUCUGGCAAGAUAAGUUUACCUGCACCCUUUGCCAAGAGAGUUAGUGAAUGGAUGAAAGGAGACAAGACCUUGUUAAAAAAUAUUCACCACCAGCAUUUGAUCCAUGUGUUCCAUCCUCUGACAUCAGAGCACGUGGUAUACAAUCCAAUACGGGCUAAGCGCCCGUUGUCAGAAUCGAAGAUGAGCAUCUUUGAAUGGGUAGAUAAAACCAGUACAGAAACGGCCAAAGAUUGUGAUUUUUGUAAAUACAACAAUAUGACAGCAGUUGACGAAUUUGGAAGGCACACGUCAAAAGAUACAGUACGCAUGACAAAUACUUUCAAAGUGGAGGCAUGGCACAGUAUGGUGAUUACAAGGCAUUUGCAUCAUCCAACUAAUCUGUCUAGGGACUUGCUUGUCAAGUUCUUUCAAGAAGCCACUACAUGGUUGAACGACGUGAGCAAGAAGGAUGUGCACUACAUCUAUCCCAACCUUGCCUGGGAUACAUUGUUCCAUGCAGGAGCCUCUCAGAUCCAUCCUCAUGUCCACAUGAUGCUGGCUCCUGACCACUAUUAUGGCUUCAUGGAACUACUUCGUUUGGCUUCUCAGCGCUAUUUCCUUGCUAAAGGAGAAAACUACUUCAGUGCCGUGCUGGAUGUUCACGCUGCAUUGGGACUGGUGGUGGAGUAUGGAGAUGCAGCAGCUAUUGCAACACUAACUGGGAAAGCUGAUCUGGAGGUGAUGUUCCUAAGUGAUUAUCCAGGAGAUGAUUUUUAUCGCCUCAUUUACUACACUGUCCAGGCCUACCAUGAUACUUUUCAACAACUUUGUAAAUCGUUGGGAGGAGCAUGGCCUGCACUGGGGACAUCCGAACAAGCCUCCAAAGGUCGGAUCCCAGCUGUAGCCCGUCUAGUAUCCAGAGGACAUUGCUCUUCAUUACGAGCAGAUUACAGUUCUUUGGAAAUUUUUCAGGUUGUGUAUCGCCCGCAUGACCCAUGGCAGGUAGCUGCAGCUAUAAGAAAGGCCAUCGAAAAGUAUGGAUAAUUGAAAUCAUUGGACAUUAGAAAUGGUAUGAUGGUGUCAUAAUAGGGCGAGUCGAGGAUGCUUGUUACGUGUUGCUGGCUGAGUCAAGUAGGUCAUGGUGCUGAAGGCAGCCAGAAGCUAAUGUGGCUGCUACAAGAACUUCUUAUGUUGGUAAGUACAAACAAAAUACCGUUUAAUUUUUUCCCUAGGUUUUUAGAAUGACGGGCUAUUUAUCCAUACACAACAGGUUGUUCAGUUGGUCACAGUUCCAAGGAGGCCAGAAAGCGUGUGAUGAACUGUAUAAGAACUGGUACCCACUUGCCUCUUACCUUUCAUAAUGGGAAAACCUGCUGUUGAAUCCCAGGCUUCAAAUUGUCAUUUGUGUCCAUUAUUCAUAUUAUAAUUUAUGCUAGCUGAAUUACAGUCUGCACUGUCUUGCCCUGUUUACUUUCACAUGUAGCCUUGGUGCUACUACUAUGAUUUCUGCACUCUUUCCGAGCUUCAGUCAUCUCUGUCCCUUUACUUCUCCACGGCAUCAGGCCCUCGUAUUCAUUAUAAGAUGCUCUGUCAUCUGUGUAUACCUUGCACAAUCUGUUGAUUUUUUUAACCAAAUUUCAGGUACAGGAUCUGUUUCCAAGGCCUGGCUGAAAGCAGUUGUUCUUCCCAUUAAAAAAAGAAAAGAAAAAAAACUGACAUCUUGCCUGGGAAUUUUUACCCCAUGAGCCUAAGCAAUUGUCUGCAAGCUCUUAUGAAUAUAGUGUAUGUCCGAGUGUGUGAAUAACUUGUUCCAUAUAUGUAUUUUUUAGAAUGUAAUCAUUGCCCCCUGUCUCGAUUUGUCUUUUACAAUUAUUGCAGCAUAACUAAGAUUUUGAUGGAUUUACAGGUUUAUAUCCGUUAAAUCUUUCCAGCAAAUAAUUCUGCCAUAGAAAAUCUUUUAGUUCAUGAAAAGCUUGUGACAUUGCCCGGAGAUAAAAUGCAGUAUUUUUUUUUUUAGGCCAAAUUACAUUUUUUGGGCUUCAUGGCACAUUGUCACUCUUUAAUGCUUCCUCUCCAGUCAUCUGUUUAAGGUUCUCCCUUGGGACUAUUCUUUCUGCCUCAUAUUGCCAAUGUGAAGGCAUUCUGCAUGAUGUUUAAACCACUACUCGUUUUCCUGGUUGCCCUUAAUAGUCAGUCUCCUCACUCCCACCUGGAGAGAGAGGAGGAACAACUUUGAUAAAGUAUUUGUUGUUGUGGUAAUGAUUUUUCCCUUUUCCCUGACUACAGCUUGUGAUAGCAUGAUGGCUACAAAUCAUGGCUUCAAGUGCUCUAUAAAGAAAAAUUGUGGUGUUACUUUUACUGGAAGGCAUGUCAUUUUCUAUCCACCAUUAAAAUCCACCUAUGUAUGUACUAGGACAGUAUUAGGAUAAAGUAAGACUCCUGGGAUUGAUCUUCAACACCCGGCUGUUUUGGCUAUCCAGUGUCCAUUACCUCCAAGGUCCUUACUCAGUCUUGUCACAUACCUUCUGGGGAGCAGAUAAAGUAAAGUUGUUUUUUUAGAAAUCAAUACUCUAUUUUUACAAAACAGUCACCAUCGGAAUUACCUGUGAUAUUUUCUUUGGUCCCUCCAAAAGCCCCAUUCAUACUUGUAUCAUUCCUUGACUGCUGCCAAAAUUGAAAGCCCUGCUCAAUCUCUUAAAAAUUUUGAUUGCAUAGAUAUCCUGUUUUUAGACUUCUGUGCAUGUCUGCAAUGUGCCUCUUCAUAUUGUUUCCUUGCCCCCUGCAAAGGGUUACCUUUUUCACUGCCAUUUUUAUCCCUCUAAUGUCUGUGGAUGAGUUGAAGUCUGUUGGUUAUUUCUCCUGGUCAUAUCUAUAUGUACCACCUCUUCCCUAGAGAUUUAUUGCAGACCUUUGUGCUAAUUUAUACAUACCAUGGCAGUUAAUUUUCAUGCAUUAAUGAUUGUUAUUAUGGUCGAAUCAUUUGCUGUCAUGGCCCUGAAGUCUUUUAACCCUUCACAUUCUCUUGCUGGCUGUAAUUCAACACAUGUUUCUUGGUUUUUAGGAGAUACAAGACAGUAAAAUUUUGCUGGGUUUCUAGCUGCUUUUCAGAUGCCAUUUCUAAAGGGCAUUAUUCAUACUUUUCAUAGUUCAGUAUAGUAUAUAGUAUACUAUAUUCAUAGUAUAUUGCUUCUAUACUUAAAUUUUUACUGUCAUUCAUAACACAAUCAACAACCAUUGGAUAGGUGGUUAGGUUUUGUGAAUAAAUUGUUUACUAUUAAAUUUUACCAACCCCCCCAGGUCCCGGCCUGAUCAGAGACCGGGCCGGGACCUUGACCCACGGAAUCACCUUGUGGUGAUUCCGUGGUCAAUAUUGUCAAUAUUGUCCGAUACCCAUAGCUUUCCUCCUACCACUACAACAGGUAGUGAAAAACGUCUCUGGUUAGGCUGUGUCACAUGUGAUUGACUCCUGGGCAUUUAAUGGCAUCAAGACCAGCAUCUUACUGUCCAGAAAUGUUGCCACUGACAGUUAUGCACUUCAUAGAAUGUCCUUUGUUUUCAGUACUUUGAGUCUUUUGUACAUCAAUAAAAUCUUUGGUGAAUCUUAUAACUUUGAAAUCACAUGUAUUACUGUAUAUUUUCUUGCAUCUUGUUUAAUAUUCUGUGACCAGUGACAGUCUUCCAGGCAUGGCAUUUUCUUUUAAUAAUUAAUUUAGAUGUUAUUCAGUAUGACAAUGAAAGCGAAUAAUGAUAUUAGGAGGAUUGUCAAAGGAGACACAUUCACAAAAGAAAACUAGUAGAUCCCAAUUAGAAUGCUGUGUAAAUGUUUGGACAUCAGAACGUUUUGUUGAUCCUGGCUACACCCCUGUGUGUAAGGUCCAUAAUAACUUAACUGUUCUUGGUGAAUAUUUUAUGCUCCAUGUGAUAUCAAAGUUAUUUCUUGUAAUUAUUCCAAUAAAAGAAAUUAUCACUUCUUUGUGGUGAUUUGUAAAGGAUCAUUGUUAAAAUAAUAAAGGGAUAUACAAAAAAAACACUAUAUUAAGCAAUAGA